GUCUUUCUAGCUGUAUUUUUUAUUUUUUUUUGUUCUGUUGGAGCUUGUGAGCUGAAGCUGAAGCUCCAAGCAGUAAGACGAUAAGCAGUUAGUGGUCCAUCCAAGUUGUUUGACAGGAGUUAUUGAAAAAGACGAGACCCAGAGAGAGUCAGAAGAAAAAGGGUAAAGAGAGUGGGCAGAGCCCGGUGCAGAACAAGCAGGCGUUCGGACCAGCACUCAGACCAAGGAUAAGCCCAGCCUCCUCAGAGCUGGAGACCCUCUCUCCGCCACGUCUCCCACCCUCACCCCGUGCCUCCCUCAGUGACAUGUACCCUGAAGAGAGCCGGGGCUCCGGAGGGGUAACUGCUGUGGACUUCCUGGAAGGGACGUACAACUAUGCCACCCCCACCCCUGCCCCAACGCCUCUUUACAGCCACUCUACCACUGGCUACUACUCUGCUCCUCUGGACGCCCAGGGACCACCGUCUGAUGGCAGUCUUCAUUCCCUGGGGAGUGGGCCGACCAGUCCUCUUAUGUUUGUGCCCACCACCCCGAGGCUCAGCCCUUUUAUGCAUGCUCCAAGCCACCACUAUCUGGAAACUGCCUCAACACCAGUUUACAGAUCCAGUCAGCAGCCGGCCUCCAGAGAGGACCAGUGCGAUACCCGUGAUGAGGCAUGCAGUGUGGGAGAGCUGGGAGCUGGAGAUGCAGCUGGAGCCAGAGCUGGGGGGUUUGAGAUGGCAAAGGAAACGCGUUUCUGUGCUGUAUGCAGCGACUAUGCCUCUGGUUACCACUAUGGGGUGUGGUCCUGCGAGGGCUGCAAGGCCUUCUUCAAGAGGAGCAUUCAGGGUCACAAUGACUAUAUGUGCCCAGCGACCAAUCAGUGUACUAUUGACAGAAAUAGGAGGAAGAGCUGCCAGGCUUGCCGUCUUAGGAAGUGUUAUGAAGUGGGUAUGAUGAAAGGAGGUGUGCGGAAAGACCGUGGUCGCAUUCUGCGGCGAGACAAACGGCGGACGGGCAUCAGUGACAGAGAAAAAACUGUUAAAGGCCUGGAGCACAAAACGGCACCCCAUCUUGAUAAGAAGAGACGCAGCAAUGCCCUUGGAGGAGGAAGAUCUUCAGUGACCGGCCUGCCAUCUGAGCAGGUUCUGGUCCUCCUUCAGGGUGCUGAGCCCCCGAUACUUUGCUCCCGUCAAAAGCUGAGCCGACCCUAUACUGAGGUCACCAUGAUGACCCUGCUCACCAGCAUGGCUGACAAGGAGCUGGUCCACAUGAUCGCUUGGGCAAAGAAGCUUCCAGGUUUUCUGCAACUCUCCCUUCAUGAUCAGGUCCUUCUGCUGGAGAGUUCAUGGCUGGAGGUGCUGAUGAUCGGGCUAAUUUGGAGAUCAAUCCACUGCCCCGGAAAACUCAUCUUUGCGCAGGACCUAAUACUGGACAGGAAUGAAGGUGACUGUGUUGAAGGCAUGACGGAGAUCUUUGACAUGCUGCUGGCCACCGCUUCCCGUUUCCGCAUGCUCAAACUCAAACCUGAGGAAUUUGUUUGCCUUAAAGCAAUUAUCCUGCUCAACUCUGGUGCCUUUUCUUUCUGCACCGGCACAAUGGAGCCCCUUCACGACAGCGCAUCCGUUCAGAACAUGCUGGACACCAUCACUGACGCACUCAUACAUCAUAUCAGCCAAUCAGGAUACUCUGCUCAGCAGCAGGCGAGGCGGCAGGCCCAGCUGCUGCUGCUGCUCUCCCACAUCAGGCACAUGAGCAACAAAGGCAUGGAGCACCUCUACAGCAUCAAAUGCAAAAACAAAGUGCCUCUGUAUGAUCUGCUGUUGGAGAUGCUUGACGCUCACCACCACCAUCCAGUCAAGCUGUCUCAGUCUUCAUCCCCAGAUGAAAAAAGCCCUCCCUCCACCAGCAGCACCAGUGGUAGUUGUGGGGGCAACUCCUCUUCACCGGGUUGCAGUUCAGGAACCCAAGGUAGCAGUGAGAACCUGAUCAGAACCCCCUCGGCUCCAAGCCUCCUGCAGUACGGAGGGUCCCGCUCUGACUGCACCUAGUUCGUGUGAGUCGCAGGUCGAAAGUCCUUUUUAUGAAUGAUACAUGCAGUUUUGAAAAAUGAUUGUUGAAGGUUAUAUUUACAUUGAUUUUGUCAGAAAAUAAUUUAUAAAUGAGAAUGUAAUUUUAUAGCUAAUGGGGAGAAGUUUCCCCUUUUAAAUUGCACCUUCUCAGCACAAUCUGAGCCUCAGUUCAGUUCAUUUAUUUGCUGAGUUUCAUCUUUUCUGCGUUGCUUUAAAUUUCCAACCGCAGAUAUGUUGUCAUACUGUGACAUGCAGUGAUUUGAAAGGAUGAGCAGCUAAUUUUUGUGUAUUCUUCAUCUUGACCAAAGUGCACUUCUUCUGACUGAAGGACUAAUGGGCAUUAUUUUUAAAUUUUUGCAUAUAAGAGAUGGUUAACUGCCAUUAACUACUGAUGAAGAUAAAGCAUCUGUGCAGAUUUCAGUUUCAUUUUAAAAUGAGCUUUGUAGCUCAAAUGGCUAAAAGGAACCAGAUCAAUCUUGGCUACACUAAUUACAGGCUAAAGGAAGCCUGGAUUGAAAGCUGAGUAACCGUUAUCCACUGCUAUCUAUGUACAGGGGGGGUUUCCUAUGCUUACUUGCAGCAAUUUUCUCUGAAUUUAUGUGUUAAAUGUUUAUGUGAGCUUGUGUCCAGGCAUGUGUUUUAGCUAUGAGAAUGCUACAUAAAGAUGGGGGAGAGCUGUCUUGAUUCAGUUCAACAUUUUAUUCACAAUCUGUUGCUCCUGAUGCCAGGCAUGCAGAUUUUGGCUGGAUUCACUAAUCUAUAAAUUUAAGUAUGAUACCUUUUAUGUAACCGGUUAAUUUCUGAGGUUUGAGUUUUAAAGUUAUAGUACAUUUUAUUCUGUGAUUUAAAAGAAAAUGUUGGACAAUUGACUUUAUUGAACUAAUGGCACAAGAUCCCCCAUAAUUCAGGCAACAGUUCAGUGAAAAUUAUAGCGACAAAGGUUACCAGGGAAACGACAACAGCAGUAAUAAUAAUAGUAAUAAGAAUCGUUAUUAAGAUGAUAAAAUGUUGCAGUCAUGAGGGGCAUUUUCAUUACCAUGAAGUUUUGUUAGAUCUAAAUCUGUCCAAUCUUAUUAAACAAUGUAAACGUCUACUGUUGGAUAGAAAAUGCAAUUGUCUUAAACAAAAAACCUUUUUUUUUUUUCCAUAUUUAAACUUUUUUGGCUUCUUAAACAACUGGUCUCCAUUAUUUUCAGUAGAAAAAAGUGCACCCACCUUAUUGAGUUAAGAUAUUUUCUGGAAGAUUCAACUAAAAUAUCUUGCAAGUAAUUUGCAGAGAAUUACUGUAGUCAAAUACCAAAUAUUACUAUUAAACUGUUAAUCUUUGUUCUCCCAUUUCUGUUGGUAGGUUUAACUGUUGCUAUCCUAACAGAAUACUGUUGAUCUGAACCAUGAGUUCACCUGCAGACAUAAUUGUAAACCGUUCGGUCUUAUGGUCAGUUAUCUCUGUUGCCUGUCUUUAUAACUUUAGACUGAUCUCAGAGCAGAUUUAGCUGUUAGUAAAUGAUGCCUUCGAGUAAUUUCCUAGAAAGUAGAGCAACGUUUCUUUUAGUUUUUCCUGGAGGAAUCUAGUGACUUGGGUUUGUGGUCAGCAGCCAACAUCCAGAUCAACCUUAGAGCUCAGAUACCCAGGAUCUUCCUGUAGUACGAUUUUUCUGGAUGUUUUGAAAGGAAAUGCUGGAUGUAGUCAUUCUUACAGCUUCUCACAAAACCGCCUCACAUUGUUUCUACACAAACAACUGCAAAGUUGGGACUGGGCAAUAUUUUGUGUCCUUUGGUUAGCAGAGGGAUUGAUGUGUAUCUGUGAAUCAUUUUAUAAUCCUUUAGUACUUGAUUUUAACUGUUAAAAAGGCUACUCAGCUUUUUGCCCUCUCUAUAGUAAAUAUUAAUCUAUUUAUAAUUAAAUUAUGAACAGGAAAAAGAAACGGUAAGUAAGUUAAGUAAAUAUGUUUAAAAUUUAGUAAAGAGUGUUUAACCCAACUGUCUGAUCGUCAUUAAGGCACUUUGAUAAUAGAGAGUAACAUUAAAUAGGUUUUUCUGACAUGUAUUAUUUUCAGGAAAUUAACUAUCUUGAGAACGAUCCCCAGGUCUGAUUUAGGCAACGCAGCACAAAUGUGUGGGAACUAUUAAAAGAGCGUAAGAGGACUCAGUUUGGCCACUUGAGCUGAAUUUGAGGCUAAAUCAACCAACCGGACAUCAUUAUCAUGUGUUUACGGUGUGUGUAAAUAAAGGCUGAUGCUGGUGAUA